GGUCGUCACGGUCUCGGGUCGCUGUAUUUGUUUGCUGCUGGCAACGGAGGCUUUAAGAAGGACUCUUGUGGUGCCGACGGCUUCGUAAACAAUCCUUUUGUGAUCGCAGUCACUGCGCUCGACGAAGAGGGCACUCAGCCUCCAUUUACCGAAACAUGUUCGGCCGUCCGUGUCUCCAUUCCAAACACAAGCGGUCGCUUUUUACUCUCCGGCAAGCCUAGCCUUGUGAGUUCGCCCGAUUCUCUCUUUAAUUGUCUUCUUUAUAAAUCGCCAACUAGUCAGCAUAUCGCUUCACUCAUCUCAUUUCAUGCACACAACAGCAGAAUCUUCACUUCUACCAAAUAUUCAUUCUUUAAAUUGGCAGAUUGA